UUCAGGGACGACAACAAGAAGCUCCACCCCUGUCUGGUGGACUUUCAGAGCCUCCCUGAACCAGAAAGGAACUACAACCUGCAGAUGUCAGGAGAGACCCUCAAGACUCUCCUGGCGCUGGGUUGCCACGUUGGAAUGGGUGACGAAAAAGCAGAGGAGAAUCUCAAGAAGAUCAAGCUGCCUAAGACCUACGUGAUGACUAACGCAUACAAGCCUGCCCCUCUUGACCUGAACCAUGUCAAACUGACACCCAACCAGAACCAGCUCGUAGAGAAACUGGCAGAAAACGGACAUAAUGUUUGGGCAAGGGACCGGGUGCGACAAGGGUGGACCUACAGUAUUGUGCAGGACAUCAUGAAUAAGCGAAACCCUCGUCUGGUACCUUACAACCUUCUGGACGAGAAAACUAAGAAAACGAACCGAGACAGUGUGAACAACGCUGUCCGCACCCUCAUUGGCUAUGGCUACAACAUUGAGCCUCCAGAUCAGGAGAGCUCGGGCCAUGGCCUUGAGAACACCCGCGGGGACAAGAUACGGAUCUUCAGGGCGGAGAAGUCGUACGCGAUCACCCAGGGGAAGUGGUACUUUGAGUUCGAGGCGGUCACCACGGGGGAGAUGAGAGUGGGCUGGGCCCGUCCCAGUGUCCGCUCUGACAACGAGCUGGGAGCUGAUGAGCUGGCAUACGUUUUCAACGGAAAUAAGGUCAGUCCCAAAUCAAUGACAGGCCAAUAU